AUGAACUGGGCUGUCGGCUAUUCACUCGCACUGCUCGCCUGCUGGACUCUUGGGGUCGGCGGCAGCCACAUACUGGGCGUGUUUGUGGGCGUACAUCGGUCGCAGCUGCUCGUCCAUUUGGCGGUGGCCCGUGUGCUCCUUCAGCGUGGUCACCAGCUGACCCUGGUCACCACAUUGCCACUGGAGGAUGAGUAUGACUGGCUGGCUGCGAACAUUACACACUUUCUGGUGCCGUGGGAGUUGCCGAAGGAGCAGCAGCUGCUGCUCGAGCCCAAUUUUGUGAGUCGCCUGCAAUGGACGCUCGCCCGCCUGGAGCUCUCCGGUCAGCUGCUGGAACAGCCUGCUUGGUUGCAGUUUAUGCAUGCCACGCCCACAACGCCUUAUGAACUGCUGCUGCUCGGCUACCAUUUCAAUGAUCAUCUGCUGGGCGUGGCAGCACAUUUCGGCUGUCCCGUGGCCAUAAUAAGUACACAGCAGCCUAUUGGCUUUGUCCACAGCCUGCUGGGCAAUCCCGAGGAACGUUCGUAUGUGCCCCAACCUUAUGACAGUCAGCAAAGAACUGGACUCGCCGGCUGCAUUUUUGGCCUAUGGGAGAAGUUAUCGGAGCUGCUCGCCAGGCGCGUCAUGCAAAGGAUUUACAGCGCCCACUUUCCCCCGCCCCGCUAUCCCACCUUUGAGGCAAUGCGUCGUCGCGUGGUUCUCGCUCUGAACAACCAUCAUAUGAUCAGCGAGGGUCCCAUUGGGCCGCUGCUGCCCGGCAUGCUGGACAUUGGCGGUAUUGUGGUGGAACAGACGACCAGAGCAAUGGACCUGGAAGCUGACAGGCCCUUCAUUCUCUUUAGCCUGGGCACGCGUUUCAGCUGGCGCACCUCGCCUGCGCACGUGGAGCACAGCAUUGUGGAGUCGUUUGCUCAGCUGCCGGACUAUGAUAUCUACUGGACAUACGAUGGAGCACAUGCCAGCGAGAUUAGCUCGGCACAUCCGCACAUCAAGCUUGCCAGGUGGUGGCCACAGGCGCAGCUGCUGGCUCAACCACACGCCCGGCUCUUCAUUACGCACGGCGGCAAGGGCAGCCUCAGCGAGGCGCUCUACCAUGGCGUUCCUCUGCUGGGCCUGCCUCUGCUCGGAGAUCAGCGUCCGAAUCUGCAAAAAAUGCAGGCCAAGGGCUGGGGCCUGACCCUGCAGCUGGCCAAUGUCACCCAAGCGGAGCUGCUGGGCGCCAUCAAAAGGCUGCUCUUUGAGGACAGCUUCAGGCAGAGCAUACGCAGAAAGUCCCAGCUCUAUAGGGAUCGUCCUCUGAAUGCCAGCGCGCUGACUGCCUACUGGCUGGAGUAUGUGAUCAGGCAUAAAGGAGCUCAGCACCUGGCUGGCAACGCCCGCCAGCUGAACUUCUGGCAACGCCAACUGCUCGACGUUCGGAUCGUCGUCUAUGGCAGCCUGGGUUUGCUGGGCGCGGCGGCCCUUUGGCUGAACAGACGCCUGGAUCGGGCCAUAGAGUAG